GCAUCACAUGCCAUAGGCCAUAGGCCAUGCUAUCUAUGCCAUCACGUCGUAGACAUUUGGUAGUGGCUCAGGCUCCGGACAGAUUUACCGUAGUUUGUUAUCGUUGUCAGCGCCACAAAAGUCUGUUUGGACAAAGACCAAAAUGGGACAGGAUCACUCCAUUCACAUUGAGCGAUGCUCUAGGGACUUCCAAAGAGAAUUUCAUCCGCUGAUGUUGAAGAAGAAUACGGCAGUGAGAGCUGUUUGGAACCGACCCAAUUCGCAGACAAAGAUGGAUGUGUUGGAGUUGAACCGAGAGAUCCAUGAUUUGAUCAAUGGGUGUUGGUGGAGGUCUGGGGAGAACUAUGUGGAGUUUGAGUACUUGUUCGAUGCGGUCAUUGACGACGUCGAGGAUAAGAUCUACCAAAUGGAAGAGGCAGUUGAUGCCAUGCGGGAGCGUGAGCGUGCGCAGGCACUCCAAGCGCCCCAAAGAUCCAGCGGACAUGGCGGUGGAGGAUCUGGUUAUCAAAACCAUCAAAGCUAUCAUCAGCAUCAGCACCUACAUUAUCACGAGGCUCCCUUCCCUGACCGACACCGAGCUCCUCCAGCCCAUUCAACUCGUGAUCCAUUUGUUGGCACUCGCAUGGCUGGUGGGAAACUUCACGACAUCUACGAAGGACCUCGUGGAGGCCACUACUACAUCAACAGCUUAGGUGACAAGAGGUACAUCUGAGAUGAUAAACAUUUUCUAGCGGCAUUUUAAAAGGCUGUGAUGUACAGUAGCAAAGGCAUUUGUGCUGAGCGGCUGCAGGAGGUACUUGACCAAGUAAGUCAGUUUGCUUGCUUCUGGCAUUUUUUCAGCAUCAGCCGCUCUUCCGGGAACAAUGACUCAUGCGUUGGCCGGCGAAA